AUGGGGGCUUCAGAUCGCGAGCUCGAGGAGGAGAAGAAGAACGGACGCACCGUUGAAGCACCGCCGGCCUAUGAUGAUGUGCCGCAGUUGAGGACGACGACGGAGCGAAAGCUCAUGGCGAAGAUCGACUGGCACGUUUUGCCUGUGUUGUGUGUGUUGUAUCUAUGGGCUUUUUUGGAUCGAGUGAACAUCAGUAAUGCAGUCAUUUUCGGACUGGAGGACGACUUAGACAUUAAUCCUGCGGGCACCAAGUAUAAUACGGCGCUGACGAUAUUCUUCGUGCCGUAUAUCAUCUUUGAGAUUCCGUCGAAUGUCCUGCUGAAGAAGCUGAAGCCGCAUGUUUGGUUGUCGAUAUGCAUGUUCGGAUUCGGUCUCUGCAUGUGGUGCCAGGGUCUGGUUUCCAGUUGGAGCGGAUUGAUGGCUACGCGAUUCUUCAUGGGUGCUUUUGAAACGGGCAUGUUUCCUGGCUGUUUCUACCUCAUGGGCAUGUGGUAUAAGCGCAGCGAGGCACAAAAGCGAUUCAGUUUCUUCUUCAGCUCGACGACGCUGGCCGGUGCCUUUGGUGGUCUUCUGGCGAGCGGCAUCGGUGAGAUGGACGGCGUGCGUGGGUACCGCGGCUGGCGCUGGAUCUUUAUCAUCGAGGGCGCCAUCACCUGUGUCUUCGCCAUUGUCUGGUUCUUCUGCAUUCCUGACUUCCCUGAGGACGUGAAGUGGAUGAAUGAGGAGGAGCGGGAAUUCAUCAAGGCUAAACUGGCGGCUGAUUCGGGCAACUCCGCGCACCACAUCCAGAUCGGCUUCAAAGACGUGGUGAAGGUCUUCAAGGACUACAAGGUUAUUAUCGGUGGGUUGAUGUACUUUGGUCUCAUUGUUCCGGCUUAUGGAUACGCGUACUUUGCACCAACUAUCAUCAAGACUUACGGAUAUGGCAACAUCACGACGCAGCUCUAUUCGAUUCCCCCGUGGGCUGCCGCCUUUGGCUUCUCGAUGGUGAUCGCCUACCUGUCGGAUCGCACGCGGCAUCGUUUUGUAUUCGCGCUGUUCCCGAUUCUUGUUGCAAUUGCUGGUUUCGCCAUCCUGAUGAACGUACAUGGCAAGGAGCACCGGUCAGUCGAGUACGGAGCGCUGUUCCUGGUGACCAGUGGCUCCUACAGUGCCAUGCCCGUUAUUGUCUGCUGGUUCGCAAUGAACCUGGGAGGUCAUCAUCGCCGCAGCGUGGGAACCGCGUGGCAGGUUGGCUUUGGAAACAUUGGCGGAAUCAUCGCCACAUUCUCGUUUCUGCAGAAAGACGCUCCACUCUACCGACCCGGCUACAUCAUCUGCAUCUCGUUCAUCUGUCUGUCGGCGGCGUCCUGCGUGGCGUACCUGUUGGCUGUGUGGUACGAGAACCGCCGGCGCGAUCGCAAGGCGACGAUCAUGCACCCCGCAGCGGCGGCGGAGAUCGAUGAGCGUGAGGAGGCGCUACUGGGAGAUCUGGCACCCACGUAUCGCUACAAUUACUAG